AUGGUCCGCGAAACCAAGUUCUACGAUCUUCUCGAAGUCCCUCCCAAUGCGUCCGAAUCCGAUCUUAAAAAGGCGUACCGCAAAAAAGCUUUGAGGCUACACCCCGACAAGGGUGGCGAUCCCGAGCUUUUCAAAGAGGUCACACAUGCAUAUGAAGUCCUAUCUGACCCAGACAGGCGCAACAUCUAUGAUACGCGAGGGGAGGCUGGACUGGAACAGGGUGGAGGAAUGGGCGGCAUGGACCCUCAAGACUUGUUUAGUCAUCUUUUCGGCGGGGGAGGAGGCGGCUUCUUUGGUGGAGGCGGUGGCGGACGCAGCGCUGGCCCCCGCAAGACAAAAGAUCUUGUCCACCGUGUACACGUCACGCUUGAAGACUUGUACAAGGGCAAGACAACGAAACUUGCCCUCACACGGAACCGAAUUUGCUCCAAAUGCAAAGGCAAGGGCGGCAAGGACGGCGCUGUCCGGUCUUGCAACACCUGCAGUGGUCGUGGAAUAAAAGUCACGCUUCGUCAAAUGGGCCCGAUGAUCCAGCAAAUCCAGUCUCCUUGCGACGAUUGCUCUGGGACGGGAGAGGUUAUCAACGCUAAAGAUCGGUGUACUCAGUGCAAGGGCAAGAAGGUUCUACCAGAGAAGAAGGUACUCGAGGUUCAUAUAGACAAGGGCAUGAAGGGCGGGCAAACGGUUCAAUUCCGCGGAGAGAGCGACGAAUCGCCAACAGCAGAGCCAGGCGACGUCGUUAUCGUCAUCGAAGAAAAGCCACACGAGCAGUUCAAACGACAAGAGAACGAUCUUAUCAUCGAGGUCGAGGUUGACUUGCUAACUGCUCUCGCGGGUGGCCAAUUCGUUGUCAAGCAUCUUGAUGACCGGGCCCUCGUCGUCAAAAUAGAGCCUGGCGAAGUGGUCAAACAUGGGGAUGUCAAGGUCAUUCGGGGACAGGGAAUGCCCUCACAGCGACACCAUGAGCCUGGUGACAUGUACGUCAAGCUGAGCGUCAAAUUCCCAGAGAGCAUCGAUCCCACUGCUAUCUCAUUGCUCGAAAAAGCGCUCCCUCCUCGGAACCCCGUCAAGACGUUCCCCAAGAAUAUUAUUUUGGAUGAGGUCAGCAUGGACGAGGUCGAUAUGCGGACCAGGAAUCCGCUUCGCGAGGAGGCUAUGGACGAGGACACGGAGGAGCCGCGGGUGCAGUGCGCUAACCAGUGA